UAAUUUUGAUUAAGUUAUUAUUGAUACUGAAAUAAAAUGUCCCCUUUCAUUUAAUUUUACAUGGUCUUGAGAAUUUCGGUACAUUAUUGACAAACUUAUAAAUACGUGUGUUAAACAGUUAAUCCUUGUUGGUAGUAUAUUUAAAAGAUUGAAAGAAGAUAGUUUGCGUUAAUCGUGGUAUUCUUAUAAUCUGUGACAAGCAUAAUAGAAUUGGUUUAAAUGUGUAUUGCACAUGUAGAUUUGUGUACAUUGGCAGGGGUGGAUCAUAUUUUCAAUUGUUUAUCUGUUACCAGUUAGUGUGCUAGAAAGUAAAACAAUUGAUAUAAGGUAUAGGUAAAAAAGACAUUCUUAAUCAAGUGUUAAAUAUGGGAAAUCAAUAAGUGUUCAGUUAAGUGGAACAGUACUACUCCAAUGUUAUUUACUUAGUCUGGCAUAAUUUUAAAAUAAUGCUUGUAGCUUGGGAAAUUAUUUGGAUGAUUGCUUUCAUUUAGUUGGAGGUACUUGAAUUGGGCGAAAUACAUUCUCAUUGUUUUGAAUUCCACUCUAUUGCACAUUCUUAAUUGGAUUUAUUGGAUUAUAUUUUAUCACUAUCAGCAGGAUUUAUCUUUCUAAUGAAAAGGGUUCUCAACAUGGGGACCUUUCAGUGAAUAAAGAUGGGAAGUGGUUCAUCCGCAAACAAAAAUCCAAAAGAAACCCAAUCAGCACCUGCCACCGCUCGUAGUUCACCAAAACAGCCGCGUCGUAAUCGCCAGUUCGAAGAGGUCCAAAUCGCGACGCCAGGGGCCCGUGAUCCCCGGUCGCAAAAGAGUUCAAGGUCACAGGGUGCAAGCCCGAACCCCGCAAGUAAAACCGCGCAGGCUAGCAAGGGUCAGGACCCAGGGGCCAAGACUACCAAAGGUCAGGACCCAGGGGCAUCUGGAAGCGUUGAUAAGGCUGCCACCUCACAGAGGUCAUCACAGAAAGGAGCAGCAUCCAACGGAAAGAAGGCUUCUUCUAUAGAACAAAAUGGAUCUGUUAGCAGAGAUCACAGACCACAGUCGCCAGCAAAAACCGCCGCAAUGACGGCUCCCAAGAAAGAUGAAGACAUUGUGUUUGAGACUUUCUACCAUCGGAGUGGAAAAGAGUUCCAGUGCAUCUACCAGAGUGGCAUGCGCUUUUACCUCGACGACUGGGGCUCUAAGGAAUGGCAGCCGUUUCCUAAGCGCUGGUACAACGAGGGUCUACUUGUGACCAAUACCAUCCUCAAGGAUGACAGUCAGCAAGAUCAGAGUCAGCAGCAGAAUGGAGAUCAAAGCGGGACAUCGACUCAAGGUCAGAGUUCAAGGUCACAGGGACGUCGUGGUGGCGGCGGUGGGGAUGACAGGGAGGGUUUCCUCAUGCAUCCAACUCGAGGGCGGAUACCCACAUAUAUAUUUUAUAAAAAGCACAACGUGCACAUGUACUUUGAAAAGGAGACAGGUUCGUGGGUGCGUAUGCCGAUAGGUUGGGAGUUGCACCAUAACAUGGUCAAGAGUCUAGUGGACCAGGUGGAGGAGGCUGUACCGACAUGGGGAGACCGACAUGACAUCCUGUCUCUGCUACGCGCUUGCAACUACGAUCCAGACGAAUGUAUAUCCAUCUACAUGCAUCUUCAGAAAGAUGCGUGGAUGAAGGCUCCAAAGACUGCCAAGGAAGGCCAGGCCAUGGAGGAGGAAGAGCACAUCAUAUCAGACCUAGAGAAGAAAAUCAGAGACCUGGAAAUUCAACUACAGAAAGAGAGGACCACUCGUCAGGAAAUGGAAAGAAAUUUGGAGGUGCAGAUGACCAAGUACAGUGAGCUGGAGGCUGAAGCCAAGGAAUGGGAAGCCCAGUUGUCUGCAGCAACCGGGGGCCGCCCCAUGUCUGCCCGUCCCAUAUCACGGAUGCAUAAGGCUGGCAAAGGGCCACCAACGAAAGGAGGCAAGCCCGUUCCUAUGCAACCGGUAGGCGAGCAGGUGAACCCUGACGACAUCCUGGACCUGAACGCCAACGCCAAGGAGCUGCGCAAGGCUCACGCGCGCCUCAAGGUCGACGUAGAGCGCUACAUGGGUGACCUGAAGCACAUCAUGGCCCAGGUGGGGCCAACCGUGAAGCAGCUGAAGGCCUCUGAAAAGAGCAGCGCGAGUGAGAUAGAGGAGGUGCGCGCCCUCUACAGGAAGGAGGCCAUCCAGCGAAAGCUGCUCUACAACCAACUGCAAGAGUUACGCGGCAACAUCCGAGUCUUCUGUCGUGUGAGGAAGGACGACAGGUCGGAAAGCUGCAUCAAGUUGCCUAGCGACCAGGACAUCGUUUGCACCCACCCCCAGCAGGGCAAGAAGAUCUUCUCAUUCGAUAAGGUCUUUGACAUCAACUCCACGCAGGAGGCAAUAUUUGAGGACACCAAGCCCAUCAUCACCUCGUGCGCUGAUGGCUACAAUGUGUGUCUGUUGGCCUAUGGACAGACUGGCAGUGGCAAGACCUUCACUAUGAUGGGACCAGAAAGCAACCCGGGUAUCAAUAUCAGGGCAAUGAAGGAGCUGUUCAAAGUGUGCGAGGAGCGAGUGGAGACCAUGUCCUACAACCUGACGGUCUCACUUGUUGAGAUUUACAACGAGACAAUACAGGACCUGCUGACAAGCGAUGUAAAGACACUCGAGCUGCGUACCGCGGGCAACAAGGUGAGCAUACCGGGCCUCAUUGAGUACCCCAUCAAGAAUGUCAAGGACGUGCAGACAGUCAUGGAGCUGGGUGACAAGAACAGACAUGUGGCAUCCACCAAGAUGAACUCUACAAGCUCCCGCUCCCACCUGGUCCUGAUGCUGUCGGUGGAGGGCCAUGACAAGGUGACCAGUGCAAUAUCCAAGGGCACCCUCGUGUUGUGCGACCUCGCGGGGUCAGAGAGGAUCUCCAAGACAGAGGCUGAGGGGCAGAGGCUCAUUGAGGCUGCCGCCAUAAAUAAGUCUCUCUCCGCUCUCGGACAGGUGUUCACUGCCCUGAGGUCGAGCCAGCUGCACGUUCCCUACAGGAACUCCAAGCUGACCCAGAUACUGCAGCCCUCCCUCGGUGGAGACGCAAAGGCCUGCCUCUUUGUGAAUGUGAGUCCAGAUGUGUACAACUUCUCGGAGACGGUGAGCACCCUGGCGUUUGGUAGCAACGCCCGGCAGGUGGCGCUGGGCCAGGCCAAGCAGAACAUCAGCAAGAGCAAGUAACUCUUGAAAACAUCAGCUAUGGCUAGUAAAUCUUGAGAACAUCAGCAUGGGCAAGUAAUUUUAAAGAACAUCAGCAAGCAAGUUACUCUUAAGAAUAUCAGCAAAGGCAAGUAACUCUUGAGGAUAUCAGCAAGGGCAAGCAACUCUUGAGAACAUCAGCAAGGGCAAGCAACUCUCUUGAGAACAUCAGAAAGGGCAAGUAACUCUUCAGAACAUCAGCAAGAGCAAGCAACUCUUGAGAACAUCAGCAAGGGCAAGUAACUCUUGAGAACAUCAGCAAGGGCAAGUAACUCUUGAGAACAUCAGCAAGAGCAAGUAACUCUUGAGAGCAUCAGCAAGGGCAAGUAACUCUUGAGAACAUCACCAAGGGCAAGUAACUCUUGAGAACAUCAGCAAGGGCAAGAAACUCUUGAGAACAUCAGCAGGAAGUUACUCUUGGAAACAUCAGCAAGAGCAACUAACUCAUGUGUGUGGCGGGAAUCCUGACAAUGCAGACGGGCGGAAUCAGAGAUGUUUACCAUUGCCCAGUUAUUGACUACAAUAUGAUAAAUAUAGAUCCAGUUUUAAAUAUGUUGCAUGCUGGAUAUUAUUUGAAAGAUUAUUUGUACUGUUUUACGAGAUCUGUUGUUUGUAAUGAAAGUUAUCUAGGAAAUGUUUUGAAGGUUACUGUUUCAUGUAAGCACUAUUCGAGCUUGAGUUUUUAAUUUUAAGUUGUACUAAGAAUUUACUUGGACAGCCUACGCUUUUUUUUUAAAAGUUGAACAUGUUUGCAAAGAUCACUCAAAUAUUAUUUACUUAUAAUUUAAUUAAAAUUGUACAUUUACUUCUGCUAACAUUAUAAGACACAUAUUCGCUUAAGUUUAUUUACAGUUUAUUUUUCCACUGUUUACUGUUUUGUGUGAUAAUCAUUAUAUAUUUACGCUUCCUUUUUUUCGUGUUUACUGGUUUUUGUGAUGGUAAAACAAUGAUAUUUUCUCUCAAUUUGAUGGCAUAUUUCAUUGAGGUUAAUGCUGGUACAUUAACUGAUGCUCAGAGUGUUAUGGUAUGUACACAAAUACCACGAACUGUUGUACGAUAUGUUUACAAAGAUAUUAUGAUUUAGUGACAUAGUUGUACAAGAACGUUUUGAUCCACACUCUGGAAAAAUGGGGCUUAAUGCAUUGGUGUAAAGUGUCGUCUGUGAUUAGCCUGUGCAGACUCCUAGAGCUAAUCAUGGACAACAUUUUGUGCGAUUAAAAAAUCUUUUUUUAAAAGUAAGUCUGUUUUUAAACAAAAGUUCAGUUUAUGUGGGAAGUGUCAUCACUGAUUAGCCUGUGCAGACUGCACAGGCUAAUUAGGGAGUAAACUUUAAACGCAAAAUUAAGCCCUGUUUUCCAAGAAGGAGGCAUAUUUAUAAUAUACAAAUUCUGUGAUUAUUUUCCGUCCAGACUAGGUGUGCCAAAUGUGAUCGUUUCUCUCCCUAUUGUUGUAAUUAAAGUUGUUUGUUUUAUUGUAUUACUUUAUUAUUUUUCAAUAUUUUCUCAAUACGUGUACUUUGGUGUUUUUGAGGGUGUUCACUGUCAUAGACUUCCUAGUCCUCAGGAAGCCUAAUGCACUAUUUAUUGACGUUUCUUCAAAAGGGUUUAAUAAAACCAAUUUACUUUCGGGUAUCAAUCGUUUCCAAAAAGACACUUCCAUCUCUCGAAAAAAAAAGGAGUCAUUUUAAAUAGUCAUUAUAUAUUUUGUAUAGUUAUAAAUUAUGCUUUCUAAAACAUACAUGAAAAUAGUUUAUAUACAUGUUUUUACAUUUUUUAAUUGUAUGAGGUUUCUAUCAUCUUCAUUUUUAGAAGUAUCCAUUUAUCUUUAACGCUUUCCCACUCAGAAGCAAAGUGAAAAUGGCUAUGUGGAAACAGCAUAAAACCAGAACAGACUGCGAGUAUUCACAGUCUGUUCAGGUUUUAUGCUGUUUGCUGCUCAUCAGUAUCUAAGGGUUGGAAAUGAUGCUUUUGAAACUUGAAUACAAUAAGAACGUUUUUUUUAAAUUAAAUUUAACUUUCUAGGGGACUACAAGUGCGUAGAAAUAUGUAUCUAAGUGGUAAAGGGUGAAAUGAUUUCCCCUUCAUUACUUCAGAAUAUUCUCACAGUCUCAUAACUUUAACGCUUUUUUGCGAAACGGGAUUGAUUUUUUUUCAACAAAUGAAAUGUUGAAUAUUUGCGUGUGCUGGUAAUCUGUGUCUUUUUAAUGUGGUUUAUAAAAAUUGGCUUUUCAUAGGCUUUAUUUAGGAUUUGAGCCUCGGUCUGUAAAAAUGGGGCUAAAGUCAUUUUUGUAAAGUGUUGUCCCAGUUAAUCUGAGAAGACACUUUUCGCUCGAUUGUAUUUUCUUGAAAGGAAGUCUCUAUUAGCAAAAAUCAAGUUAGGCAAUGAGGUUGGCGUCCCUGAUAAGCCUUUUCAGAUUGCUCAGGCUUAUCUGGAAAACACUUUACGCACAUGCAUUAAGCCCCAUUUUCCCAGAGCGAGGCUUAUUUAGAUUCUGUGAUACUUAGUGUGCUGAUAAGCCUCUGUGUGUUUGGGUGUUGGUUGACCAGGGUUAUUUAUUGUUGCAAAUACAGCCCCAUUGUCUACUGAAACAGGGCAUGUUUGGAUAUUAAUUGAGUGUGCUUGAAACAUCUAUCAUGUAGGCAAUCUGUGAUACUUCAUGUCUUGUUUUGUUGAAUUGCAUAGAUUGUUUGUAUUUGACCAGUUCACAUCAUACUAAAAAUGUUAUUUUGAAUAUUUUUAGAUCAGUAGCAUUUGUAAUCUUAAAAUCAUAUGGUUAUUGAAUCUUGAUUUAUUAAGAUAUUUCAUGUAAUGUGAUAAUUAUUUAUAAUUCAUGAACAAUUUAUUGUUGUCAUUUUCCUGAUUACACCAGUACUUGUGUGUAUGUAUAUAUUUCUUCCUCAUGCAUGAAUAAUUAUGUUUAUAUAUAUAUAAUUAAAACUGUUUUAGCAUAUGUUUUAAUUAAAACUGUUGUUAAAAAUGGCAUGUUCACAUUUAAAUCUUGUUCGACCAUCAGCCCAUUAGCUGAACAGAGCUGUAUACUGAAGCACACAUAAUAAGUAUAAAUGGGCAGUGCUCUGUGAAAAGGGGGUUUAAUGCAUGUACUUAAAGGGUUGUCCCAGAUUAAACUGUGCAGUCUGCACUGGCUAAUCAGUGACGACCCUUUCUGCUUUUAUUGUAUUUUUCAUUUAAAGAUAUUCUCAUCUUAGCAAAAAUCCAGUUAAGGUGGAAAGUGUCGUCCCUGAUUAGCCUGUUCACAACAAACUUAACGCACAUGCAUUAAACUCCCUUUUCACAGAGCACGGCCCAAAUAUAUAAUGAAUUGCAAUGUUUGCAUAUAAUGCACUUUGUAAUAUCUGAAAAUCAAAGUAACAUAUAUUGUGUACACUAACAUUUAUUUUAAAUAAACCAGUCAUUAAAGUAAAAAUAUUAAAAGGACCUACUACAACUAUAUGCUCAAACAAGUAAAAUAACACUCCUGCCUAAAAAAAUGUUAAAAAUAUUGUUAUAUUUAAUAAUCUAUCUAUCUUGAUAAAAUAAUAACCCAUUUGUGAUAUGUUCCAUCAAUAUUUUUAACAUACAUUUAUUGUUAUUUUGCUAUUAAAAAUACGAUUUUUGUCAAAAUUACACACUAGCUAAAUAAGUCCCUUAUUAUAGACAUUAUAAUUUAUGGUAUGUGUAAAAUGACUUUAAAAUAAAAUUAUUCUUUAUAAGUAAAUAUUAAUUUUGCAUAUUCAGCAUGCACAAAUUACAUAUGACAAAUACAAAAUAUACCAAUAUACCAAAAUAACAGAAACAUGUUUUGAAACAUGUUUUGAAAACAUAAAAACCAAGAUGUACAUGAAAUAUUUGUUGACUGAAGUAUGGAGUUGAUAGGAAUCUAAUGUUUGUUUAAAUGGUAUGAUAAAUCAUUAUUGAUGUGCAAACGUGCUUCAAUCUGUCGAUUGUUAACGUUAAUAAUUGUUAAACAUUUAUUUAUAUUUUGUAUGAUGGUUUGAUAGUCGAAAAAACAUUUUAACAUCGC